GGUGUCCCCGCCAUGUCCCGCGCGCUGUGGGACGAGGAGGAAUGCCUGGAUUAUUACGGGAUGCUGUCCCUGCACCGCCUGUUCGAGGUGGUGGGCGCCCAGCUCACCCCCAGCGACGUGGCCGUGCUCUCCUUCCUGCUGGACGAGACCCUGCCCGCCCCGCAGCCGCUGGACCCCUCGCUGUGGGACGGCGACCCCCCCAAACCGGGCCGGGCCCCUCGGGGGGACCCCCGGGCGGGGCUGGGGGCGGCCCGGAGCGGCGCGGAGCUGCUGCUGGAGCUGGAGAGGAGGGGGCUGUGCCACGAGGGGGAUCUGGGGCAGCUGCGGCAGCUGCUGCGUGUCCCCCCAUGUCCCCUCAUGUCCCUUCUGUGUCUCUCUGUGUCCUCCUCCGUGUCCCUCUGGGCCACUCCUGUCCCCUUCUUGUCCCUUCUGUGUCCCUUGGUGCCCCCCUUGUCCCCAGAGCGCCCCGGCUGUGUCCCGGCCCUGGGGGGUUCCUGUCCCAGCGCCCCCCGGCCCCGCCCCCAGCACUGGGAGACAGGCUCCAGUUCCAGUUCCGGUUCCGGUUCCGGGAAGCGGAAACGCAGCUCCCGAAAUUCCCGAAAUUCCCGAAAUUCCCGACGGACGCGGCGACCCCUCCCCCACAGAGAGACCCCCCCGGAGCCGCCCGAGCCCCCGGCCAAGGUCACCUGUGACAUCCGGCUGCGGGUCCGCGCCGAGUACUGCGAGCACGAGCGCGCUCUGCGCCGCGGCGUCGCCUCCAGCCGCCCGCGCGGGCCCGGCCGCGCUCUGGACGUUUUCGGCCAGGCCAGCGGGGUGCUGAAAUCCCGGGAUUUGGGCUCCAUCCUGUGCGACAUCAAAUUCUCGGAGCUGUCGUACCUGGAGGCGUUCUGGGGCGAUUACCUGAGCGGGGCGCUGCUGGAGGCGCUCAAGGGCGUGUUCCUGACCGAGGGGCUGCGGCGCGCCGUGGGCCGCGAGGACGUGCGGCUGCUGGUCAGCGUCGACCAGGACGACUACGAGCUGUUCUCGGGGUGUCUCCGGCUGGUUUUGGGGUGUUUUCGGCUGUUCUCGGGGUGUCUCUCCAUGUGA